UAACUCCAUUCGCAAUCAUCGGUUUUAUAUAGUAUUCCCUGAGUCCAAAGGACAUAGCAAAUAAAAACAAACAAACAAAAAAAUGAACAUUGGGAAUGUACUAAAUGCCACUGAAUUGAAAACUUUGAAACGGUUAACUUUGUAUUAUGUGAAUUUUACCUUAACUAAAAAAAAGGAUAAAGUUACCAAUAUAUGCCUAUAGUACCAUGAAAAUAUAUAUGUGAUAGAGAAUAUAGAAAGUCUAAGCAAUGAAACUGUAAGGUUGUCCAACCAAAGCAUUAUAACAAUAAAAAAUUAUGUAUCAUGAUUUCAUGUCUGAAAUUUACUUCAAAAGAACAUGCAGGGGAAAAUAUGGGGAGCCGAGGAAUGGGUAAGGGUCUAGCUGAACAAGAUUGGCUGAGUUGGUAGUUGUUGAAGCUGGGUGAUUGGUACGGGGAGUUCAUUAUAUAAUUCCCUUCGCUUUAGUAUAUGUUUAAAAAUGUCCAUAGUAAACCAUUUUUAAAUUAUAUCUUUACAACAGAUCUAAUUCUGGAACUAAAAACACAUAGACAGCACUGGGUACAUUAGGAAGCUUAAAAUAAAUCAGAAAAUUGACAAAACUGAGGCCAGGUUUCCUCUAGGAGGACAGGAAGGAAGGGUUCAGUCCUGGCAACCUCGGUGCAAUGUGGUUCGAGAUUCUGCCCGGGAUCGGCAUCAUGGUCAUGUGCUUGAUCAUCCCUAGCAUAGCCACUGCAUACAUCCACAGGUGCAGUAACGGGGGGCGAGGAAAAAGGGCUGCCUGUUAACCUUUUCAGUGGAGUUUGAUGCAAAGAGAUAGGCUUGUCUCUGGAGUUAAUCGUUACUAUGUGUCAAAGGGUUUGGAUAAUAUCAAUUAA